GAUCCAUCCUAACAACGCUGUCUGUCAUCAGUGAUCGCCACCUACGACCUUUGGAGUCGGCCACAUUCCUAUUACCGCCCGCAUGGUGGAACUAGCCAGAGGAUGAGGUGCGUAAACAGAACGAUACGGGAAGUCCUUGUCGAGCCAGCGGGGCGGGGGAAGUCAUUGUGUCACCCAACGUGGGCGCUUCGCUUCCGGUGAAAAAUAUUAUAAAAGGACUGAAGAGGCGACUCGAGUUAGUCUGUGGUGCAACGCCAACUGCAGUAGUACUCUGUGCCCCGUUGUUGAUAGGAGCUCAGGUCAACUACAACCUCAGGUCAACUGCACAAACGUCGUGAAGAUUUCAGACGUGCAGGAGCCUGACGUGUGGAGCCGUCUCUGCACCACAAGUCUACUGCUGAAAAACACAUUUCAUCCAGAACUGCGCCGAAUUAGCAACUUGAGAAGGCAGCUUGGGACCUCUGGAUUCAAUCUGCUCAUGUUGAAUCGUCAACAUUUAUAUUAUCUGUGAUCAGCAGCAAGAGUUCAUCGGAAAGAUGUUGCAACCUAUCUUAGCCAUUCCUCUCCUAACUGCCCUGGUGAUACAUGGGGGUCAGGCUACUUAUCCCCACAGAGGUGCAGUACGGGGGUCUGCAUCAGACAGAAACACCUGCUACUCCACACGAGGACCUCUUUCUUACAACCCUUUGCGACAAAUCUGCUGUGCGGAUGGAGUAUACGAGGGAGCAGAAGCCAACUAUGUUUGUAAGAUUUGUGAGACCACCAUGUUUGCUAUUCCCAAGAGCAGUCGGCCCUGGCGCUGCUGUGGCAGCAACAAUGACCAGCCCUAUAAUCCGGAGACCAGCCACUGCUGCUUCGGACAGGUCCAGGAUGGACCAGAGGACACUACAAGCUGUUUCCGCUGCUCAGCUGACAGUGUUAUGUCUAUCCCCAGAGAUGAGUCCAAGUCCUACAUGUGCUGUGGAGACCAGCCGUACAACACGUUACGGCAGCACUGCUGUGCAGGCACGCUGAAGGACGGUCCGGAGAGCGGCUACAUCUGUCAGUCCUGCGGCGACAACAUGAUGAGCCGGCGCCGCGACCUGCCGCCGCUCCGCUGCUGCGGAGUCAACAACGAGAUUUCCUAUGACCCAUCAACACACCAUUGUUGUGGAGGGUUUAACCAGCCCAAGUAUGGACCCCAGCGUGACUACGUGUGCCAGAGGUGUGGGAACACGUACUUCAGCAGACUGGUGACAGACGGCUCCUGGCGAUGCUGUCAGGGCCAGCCGUACAACCCCGCAGAACAGCACUGCUGUUUUAAUGGACUCCACUCCGGCUCCGAGGAACAGUUCACCUGUCAGCGCUGUGGGAAUAAGGUUUUCAGCCGUCGGCGAGAUGAGCCUGAGUACUGGUGCUGUUCUCACCCCAAGACGUCUGAGAUGACGCCCUACAACCCACAAACACAAACCUGCUGUAGCGGCCAGAUCUUCAGUGGACAGGAUCAGCAACAUUCCUGUCAAGUCUGUGGCUCCACUCCAUUUAUCAGACCUAAUACUGAUGAGCCAUGGCGGUGUUGUGACACAGUCACCCCGUACAGCCCUGAGAGAAACCACUGCUGCUUUGGGGAAGUGAGGUCUGGGUCUGAAGAACAGAGCACUUGUGUACGGUGUGGGAAAAACCUUCACACCGUCCCUGUCAAUGGCCAGCCCUGGGGCUGCUGUGGGAGCGAGGCCUUCAACCCUGAGCGGGAGGUGUGCUGUAAUGGACAGGUCUACCCUGGACUAGUCUGUGGCUACGAAGCUCUGCCUACUCCAGGUAUAGUUCAUCGACUGACUGCUGAGAAUGUGGAUUCAUACUCAGUAGGACUGAGGUGGUCUUCCCCCACCGACACACGGGGGUUAUUUGGCUACAGGAUCUUCUAUCAGAGUGCCAGUGGUGGUCAGGAGAACGUUGUGGACACCAGGAGUCUGGACACAUCCUAUACCCUGUCUGGUCUGCAGCCAGAGUCUCAGUAUAUCAUUCAGGUCAUGGCUUAUGGAAUGGGUGGGGACGGACAACGCAGCAACACUCUCAGAGUUCAGACAGCACCUGAAAUAGGAGGGUCGACCCCUGCCCAGUUUGUCCAAGCCAGGCCCCGUGACAGUGACAGUGUUGAUUUGGAGUGGAGUGCCCCUGCAGGGAUAACUACAGACAGAGUACGUGGGUUCCGCAUCCUGUACAAGCAGACGACGGAGACUAACACAGCCUAUCUAGACGUGGGCAGGCCCAUCACAGAUACCAGCUUCACACUGGGUGGGCUGAAACCACACACAGACUAUGACAUUGUCAUUGUCACCAUUGAUGACACAGGGGCGUCCUCACACAGCAUGCCUGUCAGGGUACGCACUGCUGAAGGAACCCCAGGCCCUCCUGGGUCUCUCCAAAGAACUGCAGUCGGUUCCAACAGACUCCAAGUUUCCUGGGAGCCCCCAGCAGCUGUCAAUGGUGUGCUACGGGGAUAUCGUCUCUACUAUCAAGUCUGGGGAGAAGACAGCCCCAGAGUAGUGGAGCUUGGGCCUGAAAACACCAGUCACACCCUUAAUGGCCUGGAGAGCAACACACAAUACAAAGUUUGGCAUCCCCAACUCCCAGGAACUCCGCGGGAUGUCCGAGUUUCUACCAUAGACCCCAAAACCAUCCUGGUGCACUGGCAGCCUCCAACAUCAGGGGGAGACAUCUCAAACUACCUUGUAUACUACCAGGUUGUUGAUGACAACAGGGCAGUCUCUGUGCAGUCUGGUCCUAAUGAGAGGUCCCACCUGAUUGGUGGGCUACAGCCCAACACCCAGUAUCUGGUAUGGAUUGUGGCGGUGUCUCCUGUAGGCGUGGGGCUGAGGAGCUCAACUGUCCGUGUGCAGACACAAGAUGUAGAUGUUUUACCAGAGGCACCCCGGGGACUAGAGGUGACACCAGUUGGCCCCACCAUGAUCAGAGUCCAGUGGGUGCCUCCUGGCCGGGGCGGGACUGUUUUGGGCUACAGGAUAUAUUACCAGACACUAGGACAGCAAUCGUUGUCCAUUGAGGCAGAUGCAAAUGAAAGGAACAGAAUCAUUGGACAGCUGCUGCCCAAUACUGAGUACACUGUGUGGGUUCUGGCCUUCAAUGAAGCUGGAGACGGAUCGGAAACUCAGAGGUUUACAGUCCGUACAACUGCAGCUGUGCCAGGCUUUGUGCCCCGCAUCAAUGUGACAGCUAUAGAUGAUACCACAUUGUGGGUGUCGUGGGAGGCACCUGAAACAGGUGCACCUGUGAGGGGAUAUAGGAUCUACUACCAGGCCAUGAGUGGAGACCAGCUGCCCUCCAUGGUAGAGACAGGACCUCUGCAACAGAGUCAGGCAGUGUCGGGUCUGGAGCCUGGGAUUGAGUACACGAUAUGGAUUGUUGCCUUCUCCAACCAAGGAGAUAGUGAGGACAGCCCCCGGGUCCGCAUCAGGACUGCUCGAGUCCCAGGCCGCAUCCUGCCAGUAUCAGGUGUUCCUGGGAUCCCACAGGAUAUCCAGGGAACAUCCCUAUCUUCAUCCAGCAUCCAGGUGCGGUGGCAGGAACCUGCAACAGAUGCUGCACCCUCAGGAUACAGGGUCUACUAUCAGGUUGUUGGGGAGGCCAUGAUAUCCUUCAAGAGAAGCCGAGCAGACAGGAGGAUCUUGGUGUUGGAGGAUCUCCAGCCGAACACUGACUACAACAUCUGGGUUAUUGCCGAGUCAGCAGCAGGGGUGGGACAGAGGAGUGCACGCAUCACUGUACGCACCCUGCCAGAAACACCUCAGCUGCCAGGAGCCCCUGAUGAUGUGAGAGUUGUUGAUGUUGGACAAACAACCAUCCACGUGCAGUGGCAGAGACCUCGGGUAGGGGGCGAUGUUACCGGAUACAGGAUAUACUAUCAGCCUGAGAAUCAAGUGUCUGCUUCAGCAGAAGUGGUGAACCCCUCCACUCUCAGCUACAUCAUCCCAGGACUGCAGCCUGACAUGGAGUACACCGUCUGGGUGGUGGCUCUGUCCAGCAUGGGGAUGGGUCUCAGAAGCCCACUGGUUACCGUACGCACGGAACCUAUCUAUGGUGAGAAUGACGAUACCCCCGAGGUACCUGGGAUGCCGGAGGACGUCACAGCCUACGCCACGAGUGCAGUGUCCAUCAGGGUGGAGUGGCAGACCCCAGCUCAGGAGGACAGGGUCAGUGGCUACAGGAUCCGCUAUCAGGCGGAAGGAGACCCGGCUAUUUCCACUAUAGAAGUGGACCGAGAAGAACGUUCCUAUGACAUCAUGGGCCUGACUCCUGAGACUGACUACACUGUGUGGGUGGUGGCCUUCUCUCUGGAUGGGAUGGGACUUCGUAGUCCUAAGGUCCAUGCACGGACUCCAGAGGAUGGUCCCUGCGAUUGUGAUUACGUCCUAGAUGUUGAUGCUGAUAAGAUAAAGGAACUGUAUGCAGACAAUGAGGACACAGAGGAGGAAGCCAGUACUGUACAGCCUGGCAGUCAGGCCUCGCCAGGGGCUGACUCGGACACAGGUGACAACCUGGCACCCUUGGGCGGUGGCGGGACCAAACAGAUUGUUGUAGUUCCUGUAGUUGAUGCUUUCCUUAAUGGUGAUAAUGGUACAUCUGCCGGGGUGGUUGGUGGUGGUUCUGGUACCAGUGUGACAGUUGGUGAUGUCAACAUAGACAGUCUGAGGGCAGGAGCAGAUGGGAACAAUGUGAACUCAACUGAUGGAAAAAAUGGCACUGGUAGCAGUGUAGCAACUGAAGAACCCGCAGUAGUUGAUGCUUCCAUUGAUGGUGAUAACGGUGUUGUGCCGUCAGCAGUUGCAGGUGGUGGAACCAAUAUCCCAGGUGGAAGCAGCACUAGCAGCAGUAGUAGUAGUAGUAGCACAGGGAAACUUUUUAAUGGAGCAGAUGGGAACAGUGUGGAAUUGCAAGAUGGACAAAAUGAUGCUGGCAAGAAUGCUUCAAAAAGCAGUACUAGUACUGCAGGCCAUGGGGCCCACAGUGGGAACAGUGGUGCUGAUGCAGCUGGUCUUGAUACUUCUGGGACCAGCCAAGCAGGAAUCAACCACAGCUUUUCUAAUGGCGUAAAUAGCAGCAAUGGUGGACCCAUAGCUGGAGCUGAUGGAGAUCAUGGUGGAUCUAUGGCUGGAGCUGAUGGAGAUCAUGGUGGAUCUAUGGCUGGAGCUGAUGGAGAUCAUGGUGGAUCUAUGGCUGGAGCUGAUGGAGAUCAUGGUGGAUCUAUGGCUGGAGCUGAUGGAGAUAACACUGGCCAUGAGGAUGAAAUAAAUGGUGCAGAUGGAGGAGUGAAUGGGAAUGGUCAUGUGGAGAGCAGUACAGAUGCCAGCAGUGUAAGCCCUGGUGGCCAGGCUAGUGCUGAGGGAGACACCAGCAGUUCAGGAGGACAUAAUAAUGUCCUGCCAUCCAUUGAUGGAUCACAUGCUGACAAUGCACAGGAUGAAAGCAUCAUGCUGAAUGGACAAGAUGGGGGGUUGAUAAGUGAAAACUCUGCAGCUGGCAAGGAUGCAGCUUGGUCACCAGAGUUAGGAUUAACCAGUCACAAUACCAGUGGCAGUGCCAAUACUGGACAGGCAAGUGGAAGUGACGCCUCUACUACUGGAGCAGAUGCCAACAGCUUAGAUGCAUCAUGGUUCACAAGUGAAGGGAGUGAGGGCCAGCAGGGAGGGACAGUGUCAGCUGGAUUACCAUCUAUUGUGGACAGCUUGGACAGAAACCCCAGUGAUCACAAUGUGUCCACAGCAGGGAAGGUGGACAGUGGAGAGCCAAGCCAGGUGGGUAUUUCUGCCACUGGGAACUCUAAAGCUGACAAACAGCCAACUAGACAUGGAAACAGAGGUGAUAUUUCCAUUAAUGAGUACUAUGGAAGUGCCCCCUCUGACAACUCAAUUGUUCCAAGUUCACCUGAUGAAAGCAAGGGUCAUGCUGUCCCUGUAGAAAGCCUCAGUAACCAGACAGCCUCCAUAGGAGCAGACAGUAGCUCAGACAGUGCGAAUGUCAUUGGAUCUGGAGUGCCAGGGAAUCCUGGGAUUUCUGCAGUCACUGGAGUUGAGGGUGCCCAUGUGACAUCAGAAGGGAACUCUGUUAAUAAGGAGCACAGUGGUGGCCAUGGGGAAGAAGAUAAUGCAAUUAAGUCAUCACAGACAGGGGGUGCAGCAAACCAACAGGAGGACCAGCCACGAACAAUAGGAAGAGAUGGUUCUCCAACUGGCAAUGCCUUAGAUGGGAGUGCUGCUGGUGUUGUUGGUCUGGCCAGACCGGCUGUCACUAGAGGGGAUACAGGGACCCGUGCCAACAGCAGCCAGAACAGACCAUCUGUCACUGGGGCUGUUGGUAAUGAUGUUGACGAGGACAUGACUGUAGGUAGUGGUGAGGCAGAGGAAACAGACAGCAAUAACAAAAAUGGCAGUUUUCCAGCUGACCAUCAUUCCAGCACCAGACCAACAAGUCCUAACUCUACACCUGGUGUUGGGAAUGGACAUUCUGAAGACAGGGUUAUUCUUGACACAGAUAACAUUGUACCUGGUUUAACUGCUGCAGAAGGGGCCACAGCCAACCAAACCUCCCAUACCGGUGACUUCACUGAAGCAAUGGUGGGAGCUGAAGGUAAAGCUAUAACUACUGAUGGUUUUCUAGAUGUUGAUGAUAGCAGUGCUGACACAUGGGGAAAUGCUGCACCAGGAAGUGAUACCAGUACUAGACCAGAUGAAUCAAGCCAGCCUGGUCUUCACCAUAGUGACAGACAUGGUGGUCAUGGACACCACAGCAGACACAGGGGGCACCAAGGUGAUAGGCAUGGUGGAUCAGCUAGCAACAAUGUGUCUGUUACAGGGCAUCCUGCCGAACCUGUCAGUGUAGGUUCUGUUACAGAUGGAGCAAAACUAAACAAAACUGUAUCAGGUCCAUCAGCAACCCCCUCCUCUCCAGCCAGCAGUGGUUUUGGUGGCCGCACACGACAUGAAGGAUCUCUGGGCGGGUCUGCUGCAGACAACGUCAAUAGAGAGGGCUUCUCUGGUCGAGGCGGUGUUCCCAGCAGUGGAAAUGCCCUGGGAGGAAGAGAUGCUGGUGUUGCUCAGACUGCAGGUCUAUCUAAUACUGAAGAGGCUGGCAGGAACUACAGCUAUGGUACAGACAACAGCAUUGCCUUUGUAGGUGCUGCUGGAGACCUGUUAGAUCAAGAAGGACGGCCACUCCAGGAUAAUGAAGUUCCCCCCGUGAGUGGCAGUGCCAGUUCUGACACUGAUACAGCUCAGGCUGGGCACCAGGCUCCCCAUGGAGACAGACAUGCAGGGGAAGGACAAGUGCCAGAGGACAGUGCUGUUAGCAGGGAUGGAACUAGUGGUGUGGCCUCAGUGGACUUCAAUAUUGACAUCUACGAGCCAAAUGUGCCUGCCCUGCCAGGAUCUCCAACCAAUGUCCGUGCCAGGCCCACUGACAUGGCUACUGUGCUUGUGGAGUGGGGGCAGCCCACGACUGCAGUCCGUCUGGAUGGCUACAGGAUAUAUUACCAGGCAAGUAACAAUCCCCAGGUGGCAUCCAUUGAUGUUGGUCCCCAGACUCUGUCUCAGUCAGUUGGAGGUUUAGAAUCAGGCACAGAGUAUACCUUCUGGGUGCAGGCUGUCAAUGCUGCAGGCCUGGGCUACAGGAGUUCCGUGGUCACAGCCAUUACUGACGAACCAGCUCCAUCCUUACCAGGAGUGCCACAGAAUGUCCGAGCCACAGCCGUGAGUCCUACGACCAUACUGGUGGAGUGGGAGGCACCACAUCUUGGAGGGGUUGUGCAGGGUUACAUGGUUUAUCAUCAGCCCAGGGGAGGAAGGACCACAUUGAGAGAAGUUGGUCCAAGUGUGAACUCUCUGAUCCUGUCAGACCUGCGGCCUGAGACCAGGUACUCUAUCUGGGUCGUGGCUCACUCAGAUGCAGGGAUGGGUCUGAGAAGCAGCAUGAAGACUCUGCAGACACCAGCAGAAGGCCCCAGGCUUCCUGGACGCCCAAUGAAUGUCCUGGCAACAGCAGUGGAUGCCAGAAGUAUUCUGGUGGAGUGGCAACAACCAACAUUUGGUGGACCACUGGACCAGUAUAGGAUUUACUAUGAGAAGUCCACAGACCAGACAACGUCCAUGGUGGAAGUUGGGCCAGGAACUGUGUCCUACACACUGAUGGACCUGCAGCCUGACACAGAGUACAGUGUUUGGGUGGUCGGCAUCUCCAAUGUAGGAAUGGGAGAAAGAAGCCCCAUCAUCACUGUUCGCACAAUGGAAGAGGCACCAAGACUACCUGAUACACUGAGUAAUGUCCAAGUCAGCCCAGCAGGGCCGACCAGCAUCACUGUGGAGUGGGAGGCUCCAUCUGAAGCUGAUGUACAGAGCUAUGAGAUCUACUAUCAGACGGACAAUCUGCCUGCAACGUCUGUGGAGCUGGGCCCUGCUGACAGGUACUACACCAUCUCAGACCUGCUGCCUGACACAGAGUACACAGUGUGGGUGGUGGCCUUGACUUUCACAGGAAGGAGAGUCAGCAGUCAGACAUUCACCAUUCAAACUGAACCGCAAGCCCUGCCAGGAGUUCCCAACAAUGUGCGUGCCUUCCCAACGGGUCCAACCUCCGUUGUUGUUCAGUGGCAGCCACCAAGCACAGGACGAGAUGUACAAGGGUACCGUAUCUUCUAUCAGGCAGAACAUGGCCAUGUGUCAUCAACUGAGGUGGGCCCAGAUACAGCCUUCUACACACUGACUGACCUGCUGCCUAACACAGAGUACUCUGUGUGGGUCCUGGCCUUCUCAGCUGCAGGGGCAGGAGAGAAGAGUGUGGUGCUGUCAGUCCGUACGGAAGAAGAAGCUCCAAAAGUGCCUGGUGCCCCCGGCAGUGUCCGUUUGACUCCAAGUGGCCCCACCUCCAUCACAGUGGAGUGGGAGGCUCCCACAACAGGUGCAGAUGUGGAGGGAUACAAUGUGUACUACCAGCCUGAGGAUGGCAGGACCAGGACAGCUCAGGUGGAGCCCAGUGACAUGCCCAGCUACACCAUCACAGGCCUGACACCAAACACACUCUACAGUGUGUGGGUCAUCGCCUUCUCCACUGACGGCUUGGGUCAGAGGAGCCAGCUGGUCAAGGUGCUGACAGAGGAACAAGCUCCUGCAACCCCUGGUGCCCCCGGCAGUGUCCGUUUGACUCCAAGUGGCCCCACCUCCAUCACAGUGGAGUGGGAGACUCCCACAACAGGUGCAGAUGUGGAGUAUUACGUCAUCUAUUACCAGGCUGAGAAUGAACCCACUAUGAGAGUUCAGGUGAGUCCCAGUGACAUUCCCUACACCAUCAGGGACCUGCUGCCUGACACCCAGUACACCAUCUGGAUUGUGGCCUUCUCUACUGAAGGAAUGGGAGAGAGAAGCCCUGCUCUUACUGUCACCACACAACAAGAAGCUCCUGCAACCCCUGGUGCCCCCGGCAGUGUCCGUUUGACUCCAAGUGGCCCCACCUCCAUCACAGUGGAGUGGGAGGCUCCCACAACAGGUGCAGAUGUGGAGUAUUACAUCAUCUAUUACCAGGCUGAGAAUGAACCCACUAUGAGAGUUCAGGUGAGUCCCAGUGACAUUCCCUACACCAUCAGGGACCUGCUGCCUGACACCCAGUACACCAUCUGGAUUGUGGCCUUCUCUACUGAAGGAAUGGGAGAGAGAAGCCCUGCUCUUACUGUCACCACACAACAAGAAGCUCCUGCAACCCCUGGUGCCCCCGGCAGUGUCCGUUUGACUCCAAGUGGCCCCACCUCCAUUACAGUGGAGUGGGAGACUCCCACAACAGGUGCAGAUGUCGAGUAUUAUGUCAUCUAUUACCAGGCUGAGAAUGAACCCACCAUGAGAGUUCAGGUGAAUCCCAGUGACAUUCCCUACACCAUCAGGGACCUGCUGCCUGACACCCAGUACACCAUCUGGAUUGUGGCCUUCUCUACUGAAGGAAUGGGAGAGAGAAGCCCUGCUCUUACUGUCACCACUCAACAAGAAGCUCCUGCAACCCCUGGUGCCCCCGGCAGUGUCCGUUUGACUCCAAGUGGCCCCACCUCCAUCACAGUGGAGUGGGAGACUCCCACAACAGGUGCAGAUGUCGAGUAUUAUGUCAUCUAUUACCAGGCUGAGAAUGAACCCACCAUGAGAGUUCAGGUGAGUCCCAGUGACAUUCCCUACACCAUCAGGGACCUGCUGCCUGACACCCAGUACACCAUCUGGAUUGUGGCCUUCUCUACUGAAGGAAUGGGAGAGAGAAGCCCUGCUCUUACUGUCACCACUCAGGAAGCUCCUGCAACCCCUGGUGCCCCCGGCAGUGUCCGUUUGACUCCAAGUGGCCCCACCUCCAUCACAGUGGAGUGGGAGACUCCCACAACAGGUGCAGAUGUGGAGUAUUACAUCAUCUAUUACCAGGCUGAGAAUGAACCCACUAUGAGAGUCCAGGUGAAUCCCAGUGACAUUCCCUACACCAUCAGGGACCUGCUGCCUGACACCCAGUACACCAUCUGGAUUGUGGCCUUCUCUACUGAAGGAAUGGGAGAGAGAAGCCCUGCUCUUACUGUCACCACACAACAAGAAGCUCCUGCAACCCCUGGUGCCCCCGGCAGUGUCCGUUUGACCCCAAGUGGCCCCACCUCCAUCACAGUGGAGUGGGAGACUCCCACAACAGGUGCAGAUGUGGAGUAUUACAUCAUCUAUUACCAGGCUGAGAAUGAACCCACCAUGAGAGUUCAGGUGAGUCCCAGUGAUAUUCCCUACACCAUCAGGGACCUGCUGCCUGACACCCAGUACACCAUCUGGAUUGUGGCCUUCUCUACUGAAGGAAUGGGAGAGAGAAGCCCUGCUCUUACUGUCGUCACACAGGAAGCUCCUGACUUGCCUGGUGCCCCCGGCAGUGUCCGUUUGACCCCAAGUGGCCCCACCUCCAUCACAGUAGAGUGGGAGACUCCCACAACAGGUGCAGAUGUGGAGUAUUACGUCAUCUAUUACCAGACGGAAGAUGAACCUGUGCUAAGUGUCCAGGUGGACCGGUCUACAAGCCAGUACACUAUCCCAGACCUGCUGCCAAACACGCCGUACACUGUGUGGAUAGUGGCCUUCUCCGCAGAGGGCGCGGGCGAGAGGAGUUCUGUCUACUAUGUUCAAACUGCAGCAGAAGCUGAGAUUCCUGGUGCACCUGGUAAUGUGCAGGUCACUCCUUUUAAUGCGACUGCCAUCACUGUGGAAUGGGAGCCACCAACUAGAGGUGGAGACUUCCAAGGAUACAGGAUCUAUUAUCAGGCUCCUGAGGAAUCAACUCCAGGCUUUGUGGACACGCCUAGCUCAGUCACCUCCUUCCUACUGACUGAUCUGCAGCCUGACACAACCUACAAUGUCUGGGUUCUAGCCUUCUCCCCUGCUGGGGUGAGCCAGAGAAGCUUGAUGAGAACACUAACCACACUGCAGCUGGCUCAAGGUCCCUCUGCCCCAGCCUUUAUUCGAGCUUCUCCUUUAGACGGGACCUCUCUUGUUGUGGAGUGGGAGGCCUCUGAGAGUGACAAUGUACAAGGGUACAUCAUCUACUAUCAGAUGGAGACAGAGACCCGUCCAUCCAGUGUGGAGGCUGACCCCACAACCCUUCAGUCCACCAUCAGCGGUCUGCAGCCAGACACCACCUAUAGCCUGUGGGUUGUUGCCUACUCGCCUGAUGGUACAAGUCCCAACAGCCCCACUGUUACUGUACGGACACUACAGGAAGCUCCAGGUCUACCUGGCUCACCUGAAGGGCUGCGAGUUCGUGCCGUGAACCCAACAACAGCCCUUCUGACCUGGGAGGAACCAUCUAGUGGGGCAGACUUUGAUGGAUACAGGGUCUACUACCAGAUCUUAGAAGACCCAGACUCUGUGGCUUCACUGAACGUGUCCCCCAGCUCAACCUCCUACAUCCUGGAGAAUCUCCAGCCAGGACAGAAAUAUCUGAUGUGGAUUGCUGCCUACUCCACACAGGGAGUCAGCCAAGCCACACAGCAAAUUGACCUGAGGAUGCCAGGAGGUACAGCUGCACUUCCUGGUACCCCGUGGAAUGUCCGAGCCAGCUCGACAGAACCGACCAGUAUCAUUCUUCAGUGGAACUCACCCCGAUCAGGGGGCGAUGUGGAGCGUUACCAGAUUUAUUACAGGCCGUCGGAGGACUCCAGUGUGUACCAGGUCCCUGUUCGCGGUGACGUACUGACCAGGACCAUCACAGGCCUGCAGACUGACAUGGAGUACAUGGUGUGGAUAGAAGCUGUCAACUCAGCCGGCAGUGGACCCAGGAGUGAGGUUAUCUAUGUACAGACUCCUUCAGAAGCCCCAGGUGAACCCCAGAACCUACAGGUUGAAUCCACAGAGCUGACAUCUGUAACCAUCACAUGGGAGGCACCAACGUCAGGGGGGGAGCUGGAGGGGUACAGGAUCUAUUACCAGCGUGUAGGUGAUGAUGGCAUGAGGUCUCCAACACGUGUCAUUGGUCCUGAUGAAUAUUCCUUCACCCUGACUGGUCUGGAACAAGGCACAGACUACAGGAUCUAUCUCGUGCCCUUCUCUUCAGACAGAGUGGGAACAAGCAGUCCUGUCCUAACUGUACGCACACAGACAGCACCUGUUCCUCAGGCCCCAGGCACACCCCUGAGUGUGCGGGCUGCAGCUGUGGACUCCAGCUCUGUGCGUGUGACAUGGAGACACCCUACUCGUGGGGGGACGGCAGCCGGCUACAAGGUGCACUACCAGGUGGCAGGAGAGCCUGAGGUUGUUACUGUUGAAGUGCGACCAACAGAUCGUGCACUGAUGUUGUCUGGACUUCGGCCGUCCACCAGCUAUGACAUCUGGAUGACUGCUUUCUCUUCAGCUGGUAGCAGUCCUCGGACACCCUCUGUCAUGGUCCGAACACUGGAGAUGGCACCUCAAACACCAGGAAGACCAAGAAGCAUCCGUGCCGAGACCCUGAAUCCCACGACUAUGCUGGUGCAAUGGCAACAACCCAUCAGAGGGGCAGAGUUAGUAGAAAGAUACAGAGUGUACUAUCAGGCUGUACGAGCUCCUACACCAUCAUUCCGUGUGGCACAAGCUGAUGAGACAUCUCUAAUCAUCCCGGGCAUGGCAAGUAGCACCACCUACAAUAUCUGGGUAGUGGCUGUCUCAGCAGCAGGGGCUGGCCAACCAAGUCCCAGUAUUUCAUUGGCAACCCCAGACACGGUGCCUGACAUCCCAGGCAGUCCUGAGGACAUCCAAGUCAGUUUGGAAGAUGACUCGUCCAUCAGAGUGGAAUGGCAGCCACCUACAUCAGGUGCUGAGGUGCUAGGGUACCGCAUCAACUAUCAGGAAGCAGGAAAUGAAGAGGCUACCACUGUAGAGGUGAGGGCCAAUGUGUACUCCCAGGUCAUCCACAACCUGAAGCCUGACACGGAGUAUUACAUCUGGGUGGUCGGCUUCUCUGCUGCUGGGGACGGACGGCGAAGUCAGAUCCUGUCUGUCACCAUGGAGUCAGAAGGUUCCACCCAGCUGGGACCCCCUGCAGACCUGCAGGUGUCUCUGCUGGAUGAUGAGUCCGUGCUGCUGCAGUGGAGCACACCUGAGGGAGCAGAGGGCAUCCUGGGAUACAGGCUGUAUUACCAGCCUGUAGGAUCUACGGAUGUCUCUAGCCUGGAGGUUGGUCCUGAUGUUGGCUCCCACCCGAUCCGUGGGCUGGAGCCUGGAGUAGACUAUGUGGUGUGGAUUGUAGCCUUCACACAGGAGGGAGAAGGACUGCGCAGCGCAAAAAUGAAUGUACGGAUCGACAGACAAGUAAUUGGAGGCUCCACAUACCCAGGAGAAGAGGAUAGGAUCAACAUCAUCCCAGGUGUGGUUGUUCCUGACCCCAGCUCUGGUUCUGGACCAGACCAGGAGGACCGGUAUGCCCUGUUAGGUCUGCCCGGUGCACCUGAGAAUGUGCAGGUGGCCCGUGUGGAUGCCACCACCAUGCGGGUGCAGUGGAUGCCUCCCACCUCAGGAGGGCAAGUGGCUGGCUACAGGAUAUAUUACCAGGGUCCAGAUGAUGAUGAGAGCCGAUCCUUCGACACCCCUCCUUCUGCGCGCACACAAACCAUCACAGGCCUGGCAUCAGGCGUGGACUACAACAUCUGGGUCCUGGCCUUCUCACCAGCCGGUGUGGGGCCACAGAGCAACUCUCUCACCAUCAGGACUUACCCACAAGGCCCAGUGCCCCGAGCCCCUGCUGAUGUACAGAUGGCUGUGGUGAACCCCUCCACAGUCAGGCUGAACUGGGAGCCUCCAACAGCACUGUCAGGACCAAUCCUGGGCUAUCGUAUCUUCUACAACCCCAUCCUGACUAACAUGUUGAACGUGCGGGAGGUGGGUCCCACUGUGACACAGUACGACCUGAUGGAUCUGGACCCAUACCUGGGGUACAACAUCUGGGUCCUGGCCUUCACAGAGGCACGGGAGGGGCAGCGCAGCCUGUCAAUCAUGCUGCCACCACGGGCACAGAGGGGAUCGUCAGUUGGAGGGUCUGCCUCGCCACGUGAGGUCACCUUCACAGCCUUGACCCCCAACAGCAUCAAGAUCCAAUGGGAAAAGCCAACAGAUUCUGUAGAUGUCAUUGAUGGCUACGGUAUCCUGUACCGUAGUGCUGGGGAAGACCAGACCCAGACUAUAGAGGUUGGUGUAGAUGAGUCGGAGUACACUCUGACAGGUCUGGAACCAAACACUGAAUACAUCCUGCAGCUUCUGGCCUUCACAGCAUCAGGACAGGAGUACAGGAGUCCUCAGAUCACCGUGCGUACAUCAGUGAGAAGCCAGCCAGACUUAGGCAGAGUGGGCUCCACUGCACACAUGUCUGUUGUUCCGUCUGGCGGCAGUACGGGCAGGGUCAUUGUGCGAGGUGGGGGGGACUCUGGACCAAGGCUGCCUUCAGGACAGUCGUUUGUGAUCAGGACCGAUGCCAAUGGACAGCGAUCUUUUCUCCUGCCUAACGGAGAGAGCAUCUCAGGACAAGGUGUGCAGAUCUCACCUGAUGGACAAGGUGUGGUCAUCAGGACAGAUGGCAGCUCCAGUUCCAAUGGGCAGGUCUUUGUAGUUCCAGCUAAUGGAGGGUCUACUACUGGUCAAGAAGGCCAGACGUUUGUUGUCCAGCCCAAUCAGAGAGGUGUCAUCACCAGCAGUGGCGGGUCCAGCUCUAGUGGAGGGCAGGCGUUUCUAGUACCAGUAGGGGGGUCUUCAGGUGGCACCCAGGAUGGACAGACUGUGGUGCAUCGUUUCCACGGCAGGCCUGAUGAUGCCCUGCAAUCUGGUCAGUUCUAUAGCCAGACGACGCCUGCGCCUGAGGAGGGCCACAACAAGGAUUGCUACCAUGACAACGGAGAGGACUACCGAGGGCAGGCCAGCACCACUGAGAAGGGCUCCCAGUGUGUGAAGUGGAGUGCCUCUGACUUUUUCCAGUAUAGUUCAUAUGAGUACACACAGGGGGAGUUUGGUAUAGGUGACCAUAACUAUUGUAGGAACCCAGAUGGAGAUGCUAAGCCAUGGUGUUAUGCAGAUGCAGAGGGAACAUACGAGUACUGUGCCAUACAACAGUGUAGAAAUGGUGACUAAGCGUGCAGGAGCUUAACCAGUAGUGCAGUGCUAUAUAUUACAACCCUUUCAACCCAUCCCUUAAAAUUUUAACAACCAAAAGUAAAGAAGACAGAAGUCAGAGCAGAACUUGCUAGAAUCAUUAGAAUACAUGUCAUUGAUAUAUACGAAAAAGGUCCUUUUUCAAGUUACAACUUCAAAAUGAGAGAUUCCUGAAAAGCCAGCAUGUAGAAAAAGACUAAAUGGUGUUGUGGUAGUUAACCACCAUUUAUUGUCUGAUGUCAUUUUCAACCCCAGACCAUAAUUUGGGUCAGCUUUCCUAUCAUGCUGUCGAGCUUGACGAUAAAUGUUGAGUAUGUUUGACAAUCCAACAGAAUGCAGCAUCUAUAGCUACAGCAAAAACAAAAAGGUGUUUUCUUUUUGCUUAGAUAUGCUUAUUUAGUAAUAAUAAUAGGUUUAUUGCAAGUUCAUGCCCUAAGGCUAUUUGCAGGUAACAAAGAUAAGACAUUGGAACAAUGAAAGAACGUACAUAAGAAUCGUAAAAUCUACAUUGUAGUUAUGAUGAUCCAUAGGUCAGUUGAUUCUUUGUUUCAAGUAAUGAUUUAAAAAUGGUGCCACAUUUAAUUUGAGAGACCUAAAUUUUAACAUUGGACUUUAAAAUGCUUGUAGAAUGGACUAUUAUCAUUGUAAGGAAACCAAACAGUUGGGCAGGUAUUUGGCAUGCUAUGAGUUGGUUGUUAAUAGAUUGCAGUGCAGAAAGAUUGUACAUGUCUGUUUUGUUUUAAGCUGUCUGCAGUUUUGACUUUGUGAAAACAUUUUUGUUAUUUUUUUACUUUGAAAAUCUAAAAGGCAGGACUUAUUUUAAGAUUUAUAUGAUUUGUUGAUGAUUUAAAACAAAGAUUCUACAAGAUCUUAUCCUUCUUUUGUAAAAGAAUAUAUUUUAGUAUUGGCACCUGAAAAACUUUCGGUCAGUAUCAUCAACAUAUAUGUUUGUAAAUAGGGUAUUAAAGUUACUUUUACUGAGCAGCUUUUAAAGGACUUUAAAGUUUUACCAAAAAUCAGAACUGCCCUCAUUAAAACUUAAAGAAAGUGGACACAUUCUUGGUGUCAGGCAGAGAGUAGAAGUACAAAGAGUAUGACAUUGUAUAAUUCAGACUACUUCUGUUGCUACAAGGCAAUUAGAGAUAAGUAACAUUCUGCACUGUUCUUCAAUCACAUAGUCAAUGGUUUUAUGACACAAAAAGGAUUUUAAUGGAAGGAUAAUAAAGUGUGCCUUAUCACAAAAAACACCUGCUCAUCUUUUUCAAGCUGCUACAUGUAGCUAUAGCAUAUCAUAAUAUUGUGUUAACGACCCAUCUAUUCAUCCCAGUAUUAUUUAUUAAUCUCUUC